CAUCAGGGCCGCGUGCAGACACGAGGAACAAGCCCUGUGUUUACUCAGAGAGUAAGGGAUGCGUGACGCGGCUGCUCCACCUGCUGCGUGGACUGAGUAUUACUCCUCUGGGCACAUCUCUGACUCUCAAAUGGUAUGUUCCAGGGAAUGCCGGUUGUGUCCAGUGCAGUUUCUCAGUCUACUUGCAGACUAACUGUCAGCAGGACUGGACGGCAGAGUUGGAUCAACAGGACAGAAGAGACAUCACUGAGAACAGCUGAUCACAGAGGAUGUCUGCGCCUCAGAAAGGAGAUCUGUCAGCGUCUGAGAGGAAGAUCCUGCAAGUUAUUGCUGCUGGUGAUGUACAGGAAGCUGCCCAGCUGCUGGCUGGUGAAGAAGUACGAGUCAACUGUUUGGAUGAGUAUGGCAUGACUCCACUGAUGCAUGCUGCGUAUAAGGGAAAGGCCGAUAUGUGUCGUCUGCUGCUGCAGCAUGGGGCCGAUGUCAACUGCAACCAGCAUGAAUAUGGAUACACUGCUCUCAUGUUUGCUGGCCUGUCAGGAAGGACAGACAUCACCUCCAUGAUGCUGGAUGCAGGAGCAGAGACAGACCAUGCAAAUUCUUUGGGUCGCACUGCUGCUCAGAUGGCAGCGUUUGUAGGCCAGCACGACUGUGUAACACUGAUCAAUAACUUCUUCUCGCUCGCGAAGCUGGAGUACUACACCCGUCCACAUGGGCUGGACAGGGAGCCCAGGCUACACCCCACGCUGGCAGGACCCUUGCACAAGAUCAUCAUGACCACCAACCUGAACCCGGUCAAGAUAGUCAUGCUGGUGAAGGAGAACCCUGUGCUGGUGGACGUGGAAGUUCUGGAGAAGUGUCACCAGGUGAUGGACUUGCUGUGCGAGCAGUGUGUGAAGCAGCAAGACAUGAAUGAGGUCCUGGCAAUGAAGAUGCACUACAUCAGCUGUGUGCUACAGAAAUGCCUGGCCUUCCUACAGAAACGAGAUGACAAGCUGGACGCACUUGUCAAGAGCAUGUUGAAGGGGAGAGACAGUGAUGGCUUCCCACAGUACCAGGAGAGGUUCAUUCGGGACUGUAUCAGGAAGUUUCCUUAUUGUGAGGCCACACUCCUUCAGGAGCUGGUGAGGAGCAUUGCACCAGUAGAGAUUGGCAACUACCCAACAGCAUUCUCAGUGUUGACCCAGGCCAUAACAGGUCAGAUGACGUUUGUAGAUGCUGACUACUGUGCUACGUGUGGGGAGAAGGGAGCAGACAAGAGGUGCUCCCUUUGUAAAGCAUUGACUUACUGCAGCUUGACAUGCCAGAAGCUCCACUGGUUCACCCAUAAAAAGAUGUGCAGGUCUCUGCAGGAGCAGGAUGCCGACCUGGACAAAGAUACUCCAAGGUUGAAAGAACUGAAAGAUGAUGAAAGCGACCUGGUGAUGGAGACAGCCAACUUCCUGCAGCAGCUGUGUCUGCGGGCGGAGGAGCAGGUGGCUGCUGCUGGAGGCUGCCCUGCAGAGCUCCUGGCCCGUCCCUCCCCCUCUGCUGAGGGACCUUCCUGCACCCAAGACUCAGGCGAGAACCGAACAAGGGUCCUGAACGAUGCUGAGUCAUCUGUUUUUGUGAAUUUACUUACAAAAGUUACAUACAGUGUCAGCAGUGACACAAAAUCUGCUCCAGGUAACAUUAAUCAGUGGCAGCUGUAAAAAGUAGAGGCCUUUUCCUAAUCAAAAAUAAGAAAUCUUAGUAGUGGAUGCCAGCAAACACCCUUCUUCCUCUGAUUAGUGCAAGUGAAGUCUAAUGUUGGUUAUUCCAGUCUUUUCUGGGAGGAACAGUUGAUCAGUACUGUUAAGGAGCAUCUAAACCAGACUCCACAAUGUUAUCACAAAAGUCUAUGACAUGGGAGACCUCCUUCUUUCUCCUAUGUUUCAUUCAGUAAUGUUGUGAGAUUAUCGGUUCCUGAGCAGGAUACCUCAAAACAAAUAGAGAAUGGAUGAAUUUGCAGCAAGAUGUGUAGAUAUAUGUUAUGUUGUGAACUGCAGUGUACAUAGUUGUCUUUAGACAUAUGGUUUAUCCCCUCACUGCAUCCCUGCAUAUAUCAUGAAGUACAGAGUGACUUUGAUUUAGUGUGCUCAGAAAGCCAAACUACGUAUUGUUUAGAAGCUGCUUUAGCAGUGACAUCACAGGAAACACACUUCUCAGUUCUGCAGUUAGGAUCAGACACAGCUUUGAACAAAUGCAGUCAUGCAAUACAACUCAACUGUGUUCAAUGUGUGAUCUUGGAAAUGUUGUAUUUUAUGAAGUGAUGUGAAUCAGUUUUUCUUUUUAGAUAUGUUUUUAGUUGUUGUGUUGAUAAAGUAUCCGCAAACCGUAAAGUAAAAUUGUAGAAUUGAAUGAUGUAACAUUAGUCCUAUAGUGGUGACUGCCAUCAUCUGUCUUCUCUUUUAAUGCGAAUAAAGUUUGCCUUCAUCAGA